AUGCGAGGAGGCAGAGCUACCAAGGAGUUUGUGAGGAGGCAGAGCUACCAAGGUUUCUCAAGGAGAAUCCAACCUCUCUCCGGUUCUUUAACAUGUAAAUAUCUAGGAGUUUGUGAGGAGGCAGAGCUACCAAGGUUUCUCAAGGAGAAUCCAACCUCUCUCCGGUUCUCCAACACUAACGGAACCAUCCUGCACUGCGAGAUUUCAGAACCGCAGCAGCAGCAUACUCACAAGAAGAGCAAGGAUAUUUCACAUCUUCAACAUGUAUCUUCAGAUCCCCUUGAUGUAGUAGCGACAUUGCCUGGAGCCGAGUACACUUGGUUUGAGAGAGAUGUCCAGAUUUACGAGGAUAAAAAGCUACGAAUUAUGCUUAACAAUGGUUCUCUUCUCUUCCCCCCAUUCAGUUGGUACCUGGAGAGGGACGGAGAGUUGAGAAGGUUGGUUCCUAGCUCCAGGAUACAAAUUCAUCUAGAGACACUCACUAUUUUACAGAUAAAUCCUGAAGAUACCGGGAUAUACACUUGUCAUGUUACAAACUCUAUACUCCAGGACUCAGCAAGGUUUGAUAUUCUGGUGGUUCCUGAGCUAGAGGUAGUUCUGUCUCCGACCCAGCAGAGAGCUAGAAAAGGAGAUAAUAUCACACUAACCUGUUCUACUAGAGGAAAGAUUGAAUCGGUUUCCUGGUUCCGGAAUGGAUAUCGGAUACAAUUAAACAACCAACGAUACAGGUACAGCACUGACCAAAGUAUCCUAAACAUCUUUAAUCUGGAGGAAGACGAGGGAGGAAUAUAUCAAUGUUUUGUAAACACAGCAAACCAAACCAAACAAUCAGCUGCUGUGGUUCUAAUACAAGAUUCUGCGCCUGAGAUAGUUGAGAGGUUUACAGGUUCUACCUUGAUCCCUGGUCAGUUCUUGUCUCUCAAGUGUGUCGGGAGAGGUCGUCCUCCUCCUAGGUUUAUCUGGGAGCUAGACGGGUUCAAGAUUCAACUAGGAGACAGAUACAGACAGAGCCAGUACGUGACUUCAGCUGAUGAUGUGAUGAGUCAGCUGAACCUUACUCAUGUAACGGACCGGGACGGCGGCCUGUACAGCUGCAGAGCAGAGAAUACAGCGGGGCAAACCUCGCAUUCAGAACAGAUUAGAGUUUUUGGUCCUCCGUAUAUUCGUGAUGUUGGACCUGUGUCUGGGGUAGAAGGUUCCCAGCUGAGGGUUCAGUGUCCUGUAUCAGGGUAUCCAAUUGAUAAAAUAACCUGGGAGAAAGAUGGUGGUCCUGUGGUUUCUAGUUCAGCACUUCAAGUUUACAAUAAUGGAACAAUGAUAUUCAGAGCAGGAAAUAAGGGGACUGAUCCCGGAGAGUAUACAUGUACCGCUACUACCAUAGGAUCUUCAUAUUCCAGAACCAUUCAGAUUAAUAUUGUAGUUCCACCGCGAAUGAUUGAGUUUAGUUUCUACGACCUGCAAGAAGGGAUGAGAACUGCUGUAACCUGCCAGACCGUGGACGGAGAACUUCCGAUAAAAUUCUCCUGGUUCAGGGACGGAGAAAGGGUUCAGGAUGGAGAUGGAGAAACCGUAUCAUUUCAACAAACCACGUACUCUAGCACGCUGUUCAUACAAAAACUAGACCGGAAGCAUACGGGAAAGUACACGUGCACAGCAACAAACAUGGCGGGCGAGGAUUCAAGAUCAGCUGAUCUGUUAGUCAACGUUCCUCCUGAGUGGAUUGUAGAACCCAAAAAUGUAGAGAUUACAGCUGGAGAACAGAUAUCUGUACCUUGUUCAGCCUUUGGGGUUCCAGAACCAAGAAUAAUCUGGGAAAGAGAAGGUUCGAAUGGGAAAAUGAAUCCUCAGAUCUCCAGUAGGACUGGGUUACUGGAUAUACCUGGAGCUGAUGAAACCCUGGAGGGGGAGUAUACAUGCAGGGUAGAGAACGGAGUGGAACCAUCAAUAAUGAAAACUAUCAGAAUUGAUGUUAAAAGUCCACCAAGGUUUAGGAGAAGGGAUCAGGAGAGAAGAAUUAAUCGUGGUUCAGAAGAAAUACUUGAAUGCUCAGCAGAGGGAGAUCCUAAGAUAGAAUAUAUCUGGAGCAGGGACGGACGGAUAAUCAAUCCUCUCCAGUUUAAAAGGUUCAGUAUCCGGGAGGAAAAUACAACUGAAGGAGAGAUUUCUUUACUCCGGGUCCAUAGAGUAACUGAAGAGGAUUCAGGAGAGUUCAGAUGUGAAGGAAUAAAUGGUUACGGACGAGAUACUUUAAACUUUCAUCUAAUCAUUCUUGAUGUACCUGGAGUACCAGCAAAUUUGAGUGUAGGAGAGAUCUCGUCCCGUAGUGGAACCUUGAGUUGGGAACCACCCUUCUCCGGGAACUCAGGGAUACUCCAUUAUACAGUACAUUCAGUACAGGGUUCAGGAACCGGAGCAGUUAAUGAAAUCACGGUGAGUGGGCAGUCAAGAAGUCUCAUUAUCAGAUCUUUAACCCCAGGAAAGGACUACUCUCUAACUGUCAGAGCUCAUAAUGCUAUCGGACCCAGCAAUUCAAGUAAACCUGUUAGUUUUACAACUCUGGAGGAAGCUCCGACAGGACGGGUUCGAAUAAUCUCCUUGACUGCCCGGAGUUCCAGUUCUCUAAAACUAGUCUGGGAAUCUCCUCCACAAUCACUCUGGAACUCUCAACAGCUGGGAUACACCAUAUCAUACAGGUUACAAGAGUCCAGAGCUGAUUAUGAGCUAAUGAAUUUACCAGUGAGCAGUGACACUCAGUUCUCUAUCCUUCUGGAAUCUCUAGAAAAAUACCGAACCUACGAGGUUUUGAUCGAAACCUGGAAUUUAGUUGGACGAGGAGAGAAAUCUGUUCCAUACCUAGCAACUACUCUUGAAGAUGUUCCAACGGGAAGUCCUCAAAAUGUGCGAUGUGAACCUAAAAGUUCCCGAUCUUUGAUCUUCUCCUGGGAUCUUCCUACUUUAAGGUGUACCUGGAGAUCAUAA